UAAAACUUUUAUUAUAUUUUAGGCAAUUCAACAUAAAUUACCUGACAUAAAUCGAUCACCUUUAAUGCCUCUUCAUGCAAGAAAUCAUCCAGAUCCUUUUAUUCCAAAUUAUGCAACUAGAACUGGAAUUUCUAGAUUGCCAUCUGGUGCUCUCAAUCGACGACAAAGUCAACCUUGUCGAGAUAAUAGACCUAAAAAAAUAAUUAAUAUAUCUAACUCUCUGUCACAAGAUGUUAAGCUUCAUGAAUGUGAAAAAGCAUGGAAGCCAUCACACAAAAAAGUACUUUCUGAAGGAGAGGAUUAUAAAACUCAGGAAUUAUUGAAGAAAAUUAGAGGAAUAUUGAAUAAGUUAACGCCUCAGAAGUUUCAUUCAUUAAUUGAACAGGUGAAAUCUUUAUCAAUCAAUACUGAAGAAAAAUUGAAAGGAGUCAUUGAUUUGAUAUUUGAAAAAGCAAUAGAUGAACCUAAUUUUAGUGUUUCAUAUGCAAACAUGUGCAAACAUCUUGCUUUGGUGAAAGUACCUUUAGCAGGACAAGAGGGACAAGUUAAUUUUCGAAAAUUAUUAUUAACUAAAUGUCAGAGGGAGUUUGAGAAAGAUGUAAAUGAUGAAGUGAAAAGAGAAGAACGAUUAAAAGAAAUUGAUAAUGCUGAAACAGAUGAGAAAAAAAGACAGUUACAAGAAGAAUUAGAAGAAGAAGAAAGAACAGCAAGGAGAAGAUCACUAGGCAAUAUCAGGUUUAUUGGUGAAUUAUUCAAAUUAAAUAUGCUAACAUCACCAAUUAUGCAUGAUUGCAUUAAGAAAUUGUUACAUAAUCAAGGAGAUGAGGAUUCUCUAGAGUGUCUAUGUAGAUUAUUAACAACAAUAGGAAAAGAAUUAGAUCAAGAGAAGAGUAAAAUAAACAGAGAAUGGAUGGAUUCCUAUUUUGAAUCCAUGCAAAAAAUUGUUAAUGAAAGAAGAACAAAUUCUAGAGUGAGAUUUAUGUUACAAGAUGUUAUUGAACUAAGGAAGAGAAAUUGGGUUCCAAGACGUGAUGAAAAUAAUCCAAAAACUAUAGAUCAGAUUCAUCGUGAAGCGGAAAAAGAAGCACAAGAACAACAGUUAUUACUGCAGCAUGCUGCACCACCAAAAAGAUCUGAUGAUAGGGAAAGAAGGAAAAGUAGAACUGGUAAUCCUUAUUCAGAAGAAUGGACUCCUGUAAACAAACAAAGUCGGAACUUUGUUGAUCCUAGUAAAAUAAAAAUAACGAAGUUAUCUACAGAGGUAGAAAAUCUACAGUUUGGUCCAGGAGGAAGAGGAUUUUCUAAUUGGGGAAGAGGAAGUAGUGGUGGAAAUAAAUUACCCUCUCAAGAAUCUGAAACAAAGUCUACUGGUACAAAUAGGCCAUCGGCAUCUAACAGAGAUUCCAGCAGAGGUCGAGGAAAUCAAUAUUCAUCAACUUCCAUAAGACAGACACCAUCUCCCACUUCAUUUAAAGAGCGUGAACAAGUUCUUGCUGCAGUAAAAGACAUAACUAAGGUAUCAACAUCAGAAGAAAGACAAACUACUAUUCAAGAAAAUAAUCAACCAAAAGAAGUAAAUGAUCAAGGAUUAUUAUUAACAGGUGAUGAUAUUUCUAUGGAGGAAAUGGAAAAUAAAACAAAACCUCUAAUAGAUGAAUUUUUACAUAUUGGUGAUUUUAAGGAGGCAACACAAUGUGUAUUGGAAAUUGCUUCAGAAAAUUCUGUUCAUCAUUUUAUUAUGGCUGCUGUUAAUCAAGUUCUAGAGCGUUCAAAUCAGGCUCGUAAUAUGGUUGGCCAGCUGCUUCAAGAUUUAGUCAGCAAGAAGAUAAUUACAAUUGAUCAAUAUAUAAAAGGGUUUAUGCCAAUAUUAGAAAUGGCAGAAGAUUCAGCAAUUGAUAUCCCUAGGUUUUGGGAGUAUCUUGGGGAAAUGAUUGCUCCAAUGAUACAAGAUGGUACUGUACCUUUAACUUUUCUUAAGAAAAUAGCUGCUCCUUGCAUUGUUUCGGGAACUGCUGGAAAACUAGUUGCUAACAUUCUUCAAGCUGCAGCUAAAAAACUGGGAAGUAAAGUUGGAGAAUUAUGGCGUGCAGCUGGUCUGCAAUGGACAGAUUUUCUUGGUCCCAAUGAAGAUGUCAAAAAAUUUAUUCAAGAUAAUAAAUUAGAAUUUACAGUACAGACAGAACCCGAACCUACAUCUGUUCUUUCAAUUAGUGAAAUUAAAGGAGAAUUAGAUUUUUUACUUCAGAAAAAAUGUGUAAACAAUGAGCAGAUAUUUGAUUGGAUUGAAGCGAAUGUAGGAGGAAAAAGGAUGAAAGAACCUCAGUUUGUUCGAGCAUUAGUAACAUCAGUAAUGGAAAAUGCUAUUGAUGGUCGUAACAAAUUAAUAGAAGAUAAAGUUCAUGAAAGAGUGGAUCUUCUUAAUCGAUAUUUAGAUCAUAAAGAGCAUCUUGAGCUUCAAGCUGUGUAUGCUUUACAAGCUCUAAUGAAUCAAUUAUCUCAUCCUAAAGAUGUUUUAAGGAUUAUGUUUGAUCUGCUGUAUGAUGAAGAACUAAUAUCAGAAGAUGCUUUCACACAGUGGGAACAGAGUACUGAUCCAGCUGAACAAGAAGGCAAAGGCGUAGCAUUAAAAUCUGUAUCUUCUUUCUUUUCUUGGUUAAAACAAGCAGAUGGAGAAGAUUUUUCAGAAGAGAACUGACUGAUUAGGAAAAUUAGAAAUAAGAAAACUGCAGUGCACACAGCAAAGAGGGAGAAUGUGGAUUUAUUGUGUUUUAACAAUUUUACUCAUUUAUCCUUGUUAAAAGUAUUGCUCACAGAGAUCACAUUCUAGUACUUUGCAAUGUGUAGUGCUAUUAUUCCUUUAUUCCAUUUUAUCUGUUAGUUAUUAUAAACAGAAGAAAUGGAAAUUUUUUCACUUCAGACCAGAUAGGUCAUGUAUACCUACAAUUUUUUUGACAAAGGGGGGUUGUUAUGUUAUGGGUCAAGCCCCUAAAUUUUUUUACCCAAAACUUGUAUUGUUGCUAUGAUAUUCUUUAUAUAUAUACAUAUACAUAAGUAAAUAAAUAAUUAUAUAUAUAUAUAUAUAAAUAUAUCACCUUUAUGUUCUUUCUGCAAGAACAUUCCUGUUUGUCUUAGUAUUCACUUUGAAUGUAUUUUGUCUCAUGAAGGAGAGACCUUUGAUGCUUCCUUGUCAGACAUGCUUGUGUUUAUAGAUUCAAACAGAUGUUCAGCAGGAAGUGCAAUUUUGCGUGAGUAAAAUUUAGAACAUAUUUAUAUUUCUUCUCUUCAUGACCAGGAAGAAAGAAACAAUGUUGGAAAUGAAUUUCUUGCCUGUGAGAAUAAAUAUUCAAAGAAAAAAUAAAACAGUUAUAUACAUUCUGUUGUAAAUUGAAAGUUAGGUAGUUAUUUAAUUCUGAUGUGUAAAUUAUUGCAAGCAUUGUCCAGUUUCCAUAUAAAAAAAUGUUUAUAAAUUUACGCAUCUAACUGGGCAGCAGUUAUUAUUAUGCCUGAGACGGUCUGUUAUGCAACUGUACUCUUUGUGACCACUUGGAGUUAUAUUCAUUAAAAGGAGACUGAACUGCAUUAUUUUUAAUACCUGCCAUCUUCUCAGUUCUCCAUCUAAUCUUUAAAAUGACUGUGGAAACCGACUUACCUGUCGGAGAGGGUCACAAGCGUGUAAUAGAUGUAAAAUGUGUACUCCUCUUGUACAUAAGGGAAAAAUAAAA